AUGGAAUUUCGAGCGAAAAAUGUGUGUACAAUUUUCAGACCAAACAACAAGCAUUAAUUUCCCAACAAGACAUCAACCACAUCAGACCCCUAGGAAGAACAGUUUGAACCAAGAAGGGAUGGGUCCUUGCUAGAUCUUUUUGAACUGUUAGAGCCACAGUAACCAGUAUAAAUAAAGUUAAUUUAAUUUUCAUGAUAUCAACUUUCAUUACCAGUCUGCAGAAGCCAUCAUGCAACCUGUGAUCGAAUAUACUCGAAGGUCAACUGCAUUGACACUUUUCAAAACCGCAAGAGAAUCUAUGACGAGCUCAUUAUCACUGACCGUGAUAAGAAAUCUCCAAAAGCAAGUGGUAUUCCAACUGACUGGUUCCACUGGGAGGAAUAUUUGCUGGGGUAAGACAAUUGCAUCCACUGAUCUACAAUAACUAGUACUGGAUAUUGCAACAGUGGUGCAAAAGGGAGUUCUCAACGGGGCAGGUUGACAAAGCUUGGGGGUGACAAGGUAUAACAGAUGCAAUAUGGUAAACAUGAAAAGUUUUAGAAUAUCUUUUUGAUUCUACAAUUCUUUAACCCAUUAAGUUGCACUUGGGACCACAUAAAUGAAAGAAUUGUGGAAUUAGGCGUAAAAAAAUACCUGUGGUUCCAGUUCCUGACCGACCCAGCUAUUUUUUUCUGGCGACCCUAUUAUUUUUUCAAUGCAAUUGACUGUGCAACCCUAUUUUCUCCGGGUGGUUGCAGGCUGCUGCCAAAAUGGUGUCUGUUGUCGCACUAACUAUUGAAAGAAACAUGAAAAAAAUAUUCAAAAAAAAUAUUCCCGACUUACCGACACUAAUUUUUUUCGUGAUAUGAAACCGGAACCACAGGUUUUUGUUCUCACCUUAUAGUAAUCAAGAACAGAUUACUAAAUCAUUAUUAUUUACUGCAUCAUUUCUGAUCAACAUUUGCAAAGAACCAUCCAGGUUAUGGUUAUGCAAUCUGCAAACUAAGAUAUUGGGAAGUUUUGCUCAUUUGACUGCUAUGUGCACAAAUACCCAGUCAACUAGACAUCCUAUAACUUUUGCUCUUGUUUGACCAGGACAAGAAAACUCUCAUGCAAACUCUCACCCUCAUUUGACGAGCAGGAUCAAUCUUCUACUACCCCUAAAAACUUUCAACUAUUCCUAUUUUAGACUAGCUUGCCGAUGCCUGGAGAGAUUAAACAGACUUUCGGAUGGAAAUUUGAGCAUAUACAAUCAAUUUACAAUAGAAAACUACGGGGAAUGUUGGAGUACGAGACAUGGCCACGACUCUCCAUAUAUCCUCACAAGAUCUAACAACUGCAUCGGAGCUGGAUAUCUGGAUUGUCAGCAGAACAGCACGAGUGAAUGUAGUGGGACGCAACUUUCGAGUUUUCUUUAUCAAAUACAUAACCGAACUAAACUGCUCGAUGAACAUUGUGAAAUAGUAAAAAGAAUUGUAUGUCCAUCUUCGACAAUAACUCUACUACAGAAUUCAUCAACACCCUUUUUAGGAAAUGCAACAGUCUUCGGAAAUUUUACCAACACCCGGCAAUACCCAACUUCUCAAUUUCUGAGAAACUCAACAGUUUUGAUAAAUACUACCAACACUUGGCAGUACAUGAGUUCCCAAUUUCUGAGAAACUCUACAGCUUUGAUAAACACUACCAACAUUUGGCAAAACACAAUUUCACAAGCUCUGGAUACCUCGGCAGUUUUGAAAAAUGCUACUAACACUUCCCUCAAUACAUAUUCUCAAAUGCCAUCUUCAACAAUAUGGUCCAUAGAUUCCCAAACUACAAGGCUGAAAACAAGCUCACUGUAUACUACAUUUAAUGAAUCGACAAGCAAGACAUUUUCAAAUCAAACAGAUUCAAUGCUUUCCCAAUUGCAAACCCUCAACACAGGAGAACUGCAUACUUCUGGUAGCAAACUUCAGAACGUGACAUUAGCCCCAACACAAAUUUUUAUUACAGGAUCAAUGCGCUACACAACAUCUGCUACUGAGCUGUCAAAUGUUGAAUCCACGAGACCUUAUUCUAACCACAGUAUCUCACUCACUUUGGCAAGAUCCUCAGAAACAACCGUAUCAACACCCUCAAAUGCAGAACAAAUAGCAAACAAGAGUUACUAUAUAUCUAAAGAUGCAAGCUCUAUGACCAGACUCUCUGUGAAUCGAGAAACAACUCUUCAAACUAGCAAACUCAGCUUCACUAUAUCCAGCAUCAACACAAGUCCAAUCAAAGAAACAUCAAUUCGAGCUUCGCAGUCGAUCUUCCAGCAAAAUCUAUCAACAUCUGAAAGUAUUAAGCAAAUUUUGUCAACUCGUCUAGACACAAUGCUAUCAUCAGCGUUGUCAGGGCAACUGAAUAUAACGUCCACCACAACUGGUAAUGUCAUUUCAAUGACACCAAAGCCAGAUCAAUCAAACACAUCCGGAUAUAUUUCUACAACACAAACAAUGUAUAGUCAUUUACCUGUACAGAGUGUGGAGAAGUCCCCUGAAGUUCCACAGGUACUACAAAACUCCUCCAUAAUAUCCAUAAAUAUCCAUAACACAGAAAUUUCCACAUCCAGUAUACAGUUUAGAGAUCUCCAUACGCUAAGUACAAUUCUCUCUGGCAAGCUGACGCAAAUUAUCCAACCAUCGUAUAUGAAGUCGUCUCUUCAGUGGUACAGUAAUGCUUCUGGCAGAAACUUGAUUUCCACAUCAUCAUUCAGUGAAUCCUAUAAAGACCCCAGAAAUUAUUCAUCUAUAAAACAGUCUGAAACAAGCAUGAUGGGUUCACAAUUCACACAUGCGAAUGUUGUUUUAUCAUUAAGAUCACAUGUGAAUGAGACACUUUUCACAUCAAUAUUUAACGAGAGCUCUACGAGGUUUCUUAAUUCUGUCUAUCCUACAACUUGGCUGAAUGAAACACCUACCUCUGUCUAUGUAUAUCCAUUUUCGCCACUGGAAGAAACGUCAACAAUGCAAAGAUCUAUGUCAAGUCAAAUUAAAGCUAGUCAUGAAAUAUCAAGAGCAAACAAACCAAGUUUGACAUCAAUAUUUAAGGAGAACUCUACAAGGUAUCUUUCUUCUACCCCUCACAAUGUUCGUUCAUUUUUGCCACUAGAGGCCGGAACAACAUCAACAUUGCAGAGAUCUAUGUCAAGUCAACAAAUUAAAGCCAGUUACGAAACAUCAAGAGUGAACAAGCCAAGUUUGACAUCAAUAUUUAAGGAGAAUUCUACAAACUUUCUUUCUUCUACCCCUCACAAUGUUCGUUCAUCUUUGCAACUUGAAGGAACAACGUCGACAAUGCAGAGGUCCAUAUCAAGUCAAAUUAAAGCCAGUUCUGAAAUAACAGUCUCAAGUGAAUCACAGAGAGUACCUGACAAUUCAAACUCAAGAACCGUCACUCCAAAUGGCGGUAAUUCUGCCAUGACCCAAUUACCAACAAUAUUUAUGGUAAUUUUUAUCAUAAUGCUUAUUCACUUUGCCUAUGCAUGA